CAUAAGCUAUGGAUAUUAUAAACUACAAGAAAUAAGUACAUUCCAAUUGUGCGAUACUUGUGAUUAAAGCUAUUGAACCCAUCUAUCUUAUUAAAAAAAUGCAGUAACCCAUUUGCCAAUCCAACAGCAACUCCUCUCCUUGAUUCUCUCCCAAAAAAUAGAUAUAAAAAAGAAAGAAGUAGAAGCAAUAAUUAAGUGAUUAUUAUUAUUAGUUUUCAGGAGGUACGUAAGUUCCUAUGAGUUGUGACCAUUCCUCACAGGCUCACAUUACACUCCAUAAAUACCCACAUCUUAACCACUUCCUUAUUCCCAAUUUCACUACUCUUCACCCCAUUCUUUCCUGUUUGAUUCCCUCUCUUUUUUGUCUCUGUCGACCUUUUUCUUACACACACCCACCCGCGUAUAGGCCAAUAAAUGAGCAACAUGAGGGUGUUUAAUGUGUUUUGUUUCUGCGUAAUAGCCUUGCUUUCAAUUUUUUCGUCCGUGAAUGGCAGAGUUCCAGGUGUUUACCAAGGUGGCCCGUGGACACCUGCUCAUGCUACCUUCUAUGGCAGCGAUGAUGCUUCUGGAACUAUGGGAGGAGCAUGUGGGUAUGGAAACUUAUACAGCGCAGGAUACGGAACAAGUACUGCAGCACUAAGCACAGCAUUGUUCAACAAAGGUUUAACAUGUGGUGCAUGCUUUGAGCUCAAGUGUGUUGAUGAUCCACAAUGGUGUAAUCCUGGCAACCCUUCUAUCACCAUUACUGCCACCAAUUUUUGCCCUCCUAACUAUGCUCAAUCGAGCGAUGAUGGUGGCUGGUGCAACCCUCCUCGCGAGCAUUUUGACCUCGCCAUGCCUAUUUUCAGCAAGCUUGCCAAAUUCAAAGCCGGAAUCAUCCCUGUGAAUUACCGCCGGGUUCCAUGCAGGAAGUCGGGAGGAAUAAGAUUCACAAUGAACGGUUCACAAUACUUUAAUUUGGUAUUGGUCACAAAUGUUGCUGGAGCAGGAGAUGCCAUACGUGUAAGAGUGAAGGGUACAAAAACAGAUUGGUUAAGUAUGAGUCGUAAUUGGGGUCAAAAUUGGCAAUCAAACGUCGUUUUGGUUGGUCAAGCCCUCUCCUUCCGAGUCACUACUAGUGACCAUCGUACCUCUACUACAUUGAACUUGGCACCGGCUAACUGGCAAUUUGGUCAAACAUACGUAGGCAAGAAUUUCAAAGUACGCUAAUUAAUAUAAUUAAUAAUCUCAUGGAUUAAUUAAUUAAUUACAUCCCUCUCAGCUUAAUUAUAUUAUAAUUAUUA